AACAAUUGACAUGCAGAUAAAGUGACUUGCAGCUUUCAAAAUUGAAAAUAUUGAACAUUUUCAAUAGAAUUUGGAUUCUCAUUAUUCGAAAAUACCGCUUAGUGAUUACUGUCUAUAAUAGGAAACUAAGAAUAUUAGAUCAUCUGAAAAACAAAGAUACAAAAUGAGUUUCGGACUUCCUUCAGUGAAAGUAAAACCAGAACAUGAAACUGAAAUCGCUGGACAUGAAGGAUCGUUUGGAGUACCAAAUCCAAUGGUUUCUGGUCUUAGUUCAACAAGAAACAAACUGGCUUUGGCACACCCAUUAGAAGCAUCAGAAAAAAAGUACCAUUUAAAUGAAGAGAAAAUGAACAUGGCAAUGCUUAGAAAUAUUCAAGGUCUUCAUGCACCCAUGAAGCUUAGCCUGGAAAGAAAAUUUGCAAGCAAGAUUGGCCGCUUACCCUUCCUACCAAGCUCUAACUUACAACAUGAUGUUCUUACUGGAAGAUAUUUGGACAUUGGUUUUGAAGACAUCCUCAACACACCUGAACUCCGUGAAGUAGCUCCUCAGCCCCACGCUUUUGUUGAAAGAUCAUUAGGAAUACUUUAAACUGUUGUAGUAUCUAAAUUUUUAAUAAAAUAAGUUUAUACAUUCUACAAUUUUCUUGAAGAUUAAAUAAAACACACAAAAUAUAA